UGACGGUGACAUUUGCGGAUGGGUGUCGCGCGUUGUCCGCCGUUCACGACGUUCUGCUCGCCACUUCCUCCGCCUUGUCGACGGCGUUCUGGAAAACAUCUCAAGGAUAUUGAGCGGAUUCUUUUACCUGAAUUUUUGUCCCUCUCGCGCCUUACCCUCAACUGCUCGUCUCCUCAACCAUCUUCAACGAUCAACAUCCAUGACGCGUUUCCGGGCAUUUUAUUCGGACAGUGAUGAAGAGUCACUGUCAGACGACGCUGUAGAGGUCGAGGAGAAUGUAGAGUCCGAACCAGAGUCAUCAGCGGAGCAGGGGGAACCUCCAAGCCGGCGUGGGGUUGGCACAGUCGAUAGCGACAUGUACACAGACGAUGAUGGUGCCGGGGAUGAAGACCCGCCCUCACGAGAGUCCUCUGCAUCUCCACCACCUGCAACUAGUAGGCCAGCUGACCCGACACUUACACCAUGGGCCCGCGAGCUAGGCGUCGACCGCCAGAAAAUGCACGUCAUGCAGACGUCCUUCUUUCGCGUCCCGGAGGAAGAAGCCGCUCUCAAGAGCAUCUCUCAGCAACCAGCCGAGACUUCCAGCAAACGGCUGACCCUGCCUUCACUUACGCGGAAGCACAGCAGAGACUCAGAUGGUGAUGGACUACGUGCCGACUCUAGACAACGAGCUUCUUUCGAACAAGAUAUCGAUCCCGCUCCAUUGCAGCCAUCAAGAAAGUACGCGAGAGUUGAAAGCUCCUCGUCUGCGUUUACGGGCCACGAAGGUGUCUUCAUAGACUCCGGUCUUUCGUUCGGACGUUCUUUUGGCGUAUCUUGGGGACCUGGCGGGAGUAUAGCUCAUCUCGGAAGUCUGUGUGGACCUUAUAGCACAUCGUGGGUGCGAUAUCCUACUUUUGAACGUCGCUUAACUGUUUCGUUCAGUUCAAAUACCGCCGCUACUUCGGUGCUGAAAGUCGGAUCUCUCCCCGCGCUUGCAGUACCUAAAGACGACUCGCUGGACCACGCUUCAAAACUCCUUUCUCACAAUCUCAGCAACACACGUAUACAGCCGGACGCAGAAGGAGUGCCAUGGGCAGAUCCGUCACGCACGCUCUCCUUCGCCUCGUUCGCUUCUCUCUUCCCCCAAACCGACCGAUCAUUUGAGGCCACACUGUUCCGCCUCGGACAAGCUUUAUUUGACCCCAUUGAGCUUCACCUCGGCGACUCCGUCAGUGUCGACAUCCGGAAUCGUGUCAGCGCUUUUCGCCGCAAGACAGCGCUAUCGAAGUGGCUCCAGACGGCGGUAGCAUCAUCGGUAGAGAAAGAUGUGGAGGAGUCCUCUGGAGAGUAUAGUUGGGCGCAAGCUGUAUUCGCCUUGCUGACUGGUUGUCAAGUGGAAAAAGCCGCCGACACCGCCACAGAGGCAGGCAACGUGAAGCUCGCGACGCUAUUGGCCCAGGCCGAUGGAGACGCAGAGUUUAAAGAAGAUCUGAAGAAUCAGCUGGCAUUAUGGCGCGAGCAGCGCAUUGAUGUGCACAUCGACGAGAACGUGCGCAAGGUUUACGCGCUGUUGGCUGGUGUCGUGGAUCUGCUCGAGGGUUCGAAAGGCACCGGCCUCGAACGCUGCGUCGAUGUCCACCUGGCGAAGGGUCUCGACUGGAAGCGCGCCUUCGGCCUGCACCUCUGGUUCAGCCAACCGAUGGACUCGCCGAUCCCGACUGCGUUCGAGGCCUACGAUCGUGCACGGAAGGACGAUCCCCAGAACGUGGCGGCGCCUCUUCCCUGGUACCGCGAGUCUCCCGCCGGCGUGCGAACACCCUGGAAGCUGCCGCCGGGGGCAGAGCCACCGGACGCGCUGUUCUCGCUCAUCCAGCUGUUCGCGGAUCCUGUAUGUUCGCUGUCCGACGUUCUCACGCCGCUCUCGUUCUCGCCGUCCCCGCUGGACUACCGCCUGCCGUGGCACCUGUACAUCCUGAUGUCGCGUUGUCUCCGGACUCGUGACUUGGCCGAUCGCGGCGAGGUGGUGGUGGACGAGCGCCAGGGCGGAGAUGGGGACGCGGGUGCGGAACCCGAGGUUGAGGGACACAGUCCGGGCGCGGACCUGCUCGCGAGUAGCUACGCGCUGCAGCUCGAGAGGGCGGGCAUGCUUCAGGAGGCUGUCUUUGUCCUACUUCACAUCGAGGGAUCCGCAGGCCGCAAAAGGGCGAUCAAGGAGAUGCUCUCGCGGAACGCGCCCCUGCUGGACGACUGGAUGACGCGGGGAUUGGUGGGCAGCCUGAAGAUCCCCAUGGCGUGGGUGAUCGAAGCCAAGGCAACGCACGCUCUUGACAACGGUGAGGUGUAUCACGCGUACGAGCUGUAUCUUACCGCCGGCCUGUACAAUCCGGCACACGACCUUGCUGUGCUCGAGCUGGCGCCGGAUGCCGUCAUCCACCGCGACCUCGAUCUGCUGAAAGCCAUCUUUGAUCGCUUCGCAGCUCACCCUGUGGACGACUGGAACGUCCGUGGCAAGGUGUUCUUGGACUACGUGCACGCGAUGACGCGCAUGCCCGACCUGCGGGAUGAGCUUGACGCCGCCGCUGCCGACGCGGUGCCCGACCCGGAGUGCGCGGCCGAGAUCGAGGAGCUCGGCCGGACGGUGCCCAGAAUGAUCAGCCUCCUGCCCGACAUCCUCCGCGAUCGCUCGGACCUGCGCCACGGCGCGGCGCUCGCCGAGAUGAUCGCUGGGCUGGCGGCGGGCCUCGACCGGCUGCGGCCGCUUGCGCUCGGGACGCAUCUCCGUGGGGCCAAGGUCGCGGAGGCGACGAAGCUGCAUCACAUCCGCGCGGUCACGUACGAGAGGUUCUUGCGGACCAUCGAGGUAGCGUAGCCGUUGUGUGUGUGUGCGUGUACAAUGGGUUUCGGAAUGCUACGGUUAAUGCGGGCGGGCGGCCCGCGUGC